UAAGGAUCUCCAAAUACAUCAAAGAGGCACGAGACUUGGGGUGCAAACCGUUCGAUGGGACGGGUGACAUCUCCGUUUCGGCACAAUGGAUUAAGCGGCUGAAUGAGGCAGCCCUGGACAUGCAACUCACCCCCGAAUAUAAACUAAGGGUUGCUGUGAGAUUACUUGAAGGUAUGGCGUCCAAGUGGUGGGAUGGGACCAAAAGCAAAUAUGGUGAGACCGUCACUUGGGAGGAUUUCCGACAAGAAUUCUUUGCACAAUACUACUCGGAUUUCGAGGUGAACAAAAAGGUGAGGGAAUACACCCUUCUAACCCAAGGGGGUAACAUGACGGUGAGGGAACUUGAGUACAAGUUCAGGGACCUUGCCGAUUACAUACCGGAGUAUGCUUGUGAUGAGAACCGGAUGGUGAAUCACUUUUGGGAUGCUCUAGACCUAGAGAUACGUGAUAGGGCAACACAAUUGCCUAACAUGACAUUCGCUCAAGUGGUCGACCAAGGGUUGAAAGGGGAGAAACAGUGGGAGGAGAGGAGGAAGAGAGACGCCGAAGAGGCGAAAAAGAGGAAGUGGGAGAGUCAUGGCUCCCAAGGUUCCAACAAAAAGGGGAACCACAGAGGAGGAUCUUUCCGGGCACCACCGCCGCCAUCUAGGGGGAACCAAGGCCCAAGUGGGCAAGGCUCGAGGUCACAGGCCUCAGCGGUAACUCGUUGCAACAAUUGCAAGAGGAACCACUCCGGUAAAUGUCGCGACCCACCUAGAUGUUUCCAAUGCGGGGAUGUCGGGCAUUUGAAGGCGCAUUGCCCACAAUUGGGUGGGGCAAGGACACCGGGACCGAACAGUGGUCCUACGGGUACACGGAAUCAAACUGGGGCUUCUCAAGCAAGCAGGGGACAAGGGGGAGCAAGCGCGAGCAACGCGCCAUCCGUGAACCAAGGAAGGACCCAGGCUAGGGUCUAUGCGAUGACGGAGGCGGACGCUCAAGCUAACCCGGACUCCGUUGCAGGUUGAGGCUAGAGCUUGCUUCCUGUGCUCGUUGCCCGAGUGAUUUCCCCGGAGAGAAGACUUGGUUCGUGCUUCCUCCAUCCUGUUUUAGAACAUUAAUAAACAUGCUCAUGGAUAUUCUACUUUGGAGCCUGUGUGCUCAUGUUUGCCCUGUGUGGCCCUUUGUUUUAAACAAUGUUUUCCGCUGCGUGUUGAAUUGUUUAUUAUGUAUGUUUAUGGAUGUUAUAUGUGUGAAUGAUAUUCAUGACGCCUUGUAUAAUA